AUGGUGAAUGACGCUACGUCCACCCCUCCAGUUUUCCAGCUCGUCUUAGAGCGCUUCGUCGCUUUGACCUCACGGUUCCACGCUGCAUGGAGCGUAUUGGAAAGACUGACUAUAAUGGAGUCGGAGGCUGGCUCCAAGGGAGAAAUGUUACACCGGGACUUUCAGUCCAGCGAGACAGCGGCCGCAAUAACCGGAAAGGAGUGGGUG